AGAAGAGGGACAUGGAGUUGGUUCACAGAAGAACACGAGGCCAAUGAUGGAUGACCCACCACUGAAGCAACACUUGAAGAGGUCGCAAAGGACAAAGUCAUCCUCUUCUUCUUCUUCCCAUAUCAGCAAUCUCGAUGAUGGAUGUCUUAUGCACAUUUUCAGCUUCCUUCUCCCUAUUCCAGAUCAUUCUCUAUCACAACGUUGCUAUUGAGUUUGCAGAUCGCUUUAAUACCGCCCUCGUUUGCCACAGAUGGAAUUAUUUGGCAUGUCAUCCUCGCUUGUGGCUUCGGGUAGAUAGAUCAGUGAAAGACUUAUCCGAACCUGGUGUUUUCCCCAACAUUGAAACUGCCGUUACUGCUUCAAGACCAGGUGAUACCAUUUUAAUAGCAGCUGGUGGAAGUCAUCACGUCGCAAACAUUCAAAUAAGGAAACCACUUUGCUUAAUUGGUGCAGGUGAACUUCCAGAUGACACAACACUUGUUUGUUCUCGAGGCUCAGACAGUGCACUAGAGUUCCUAUCCACAUGCAAAUUAGCAAACUUAACUGUGAGGGCUGAGCUUGGUUGCUGCUUGCUACAUAGAAAGGGAAGGUUAACUAUAGAUGGAUGCAUACUUCAAUGUGAAUCUAAUCCUCUGGAUUAUCUCUCAUGUCCCAUUGUGAGUACAGCCAGUAGUAGCAGUGAGGUGCUUCCCUCACAAACCAAGAGUAACAGUGAUGGUGUCUUUGUUUCACAGACCCGAAUUGAAGGGGGUGCCAAAGCUGUUCUAACAAGUGGGGAUUUGGCUUUGCAACGUGUGAGAGUGAUUUAUGCUCGAACUUCACUUCUUUUCUGGUUUGAUGUAGAGCAGAUGUGUGAUCAAAUUGACCAUGACAAGCCUCUCUGAUAUCAUUAUUUGUUCUGGUUACCUAGACUUGUCUGUAACUUUAGUAGUGAUUAUGGUAUUUUCAUUCUUUGACUUGUGCUCUUUUGGUUCUUGUGAUUUACUAUUAGAAUGUCUUAUAAGCAACAAACAUUCAGUUUA